AUGGCUUCUGAAGAGGAAUUGACUGCAAUCGCAAAUGGAUUGGCCCCAUUCUGCUGCAAAGAUUUACACUCUGGCAGCUGUUCAAUUCACGUGCUCAAAUAUUUCAUAAAAUCAAUGCUGAUUGCUCUUAAGUUUUAUCUUCCUCUUAAUGUUGUACAGCUCUUGCUGAAGCACAAAUCUCUUAGAAGGAAUCCACAAAGAACGUUAUAUCUUGCAGGGAAAUCAAUGACAAGAUCAAGCUUAAUGCUUAGCGCUAUGGUCGCAUUCAGUAAACUCAUCUCUUGUAUUUUUGUGCGGCUUUAUAAUAGAGCUCAUUGGACCUGCGUACUUUGGUGUGGAAUUGCGACAAUGCCAGCAGCUUUGAUAGAAACCCCUGAUAGGAUUUGUGAGAUGACUUUAUACAUUCUCCCUCGCUUUUUUGAUGCUUUAUGGAAGUUUUUGAAGAGGAGACAGUUGGUAAUUUCUCUGCCCUUCGCACAUGUUUUGAUGUUUUCGCUAUCUUUAGGAGCAAUUUCAUGGGGUGGAAAAACUGGCAAUGUAAAACCAAUGCUGAAAAACGCUUUAGAUAUGGGAUUUCCCCAGGGAUGGCGCUAUUUCGGCCUUGAUUUUCCCACUGGAAAAUUUUUUGGUUUGACCAAACUAUAUGGUACUGGUCGAACCAAAAAAAUUUUCCAGUGGGAAAAUCAAGGCCAAAAUAGCGCCAUCCACAGGAAAUUGCAAUAAAUUCUUUGGAAUAAACUAA